AUGAGCAUUGAAAGUAUCAGUGUUAUUAAGGAUUUUUCUUUCUGUCUAAAUGUCUCUCUCGCUCUCUCUCUCUCCCUCUUCAUGUCUCUCUCCCUCCCUCUUCAUGUCACUCUCUCUCCCUCUUCAUGUCUCUCUCUCUCCCUCUUCAUGUCUCUCUCUCCUCCCCUCCCAUGUCUCUCUCUCUCCCUCCCCUCUUCUCUCUCCCCUCCCUCUUCAUGUCUCUCCCCUCCCUCUUCAUGUCUCUCUCCCCCCCCCUCUUCAUGUCUCUCUCCCCCCCUCUUCAUGUCUCUCUCCCUCCCUCCCCUUCAUGUCUCUCUCCCUCCUCCCUCCUCUUCAUGUCUCUCUCUCUCCCCCUCUUCAUGUCUCUCUCUCUCCUCCCCUCUUCAUGUCUCUCUCUCUCCCUCCCUCUUCAUGUCUCUCUCUCUCCCUCCCUCUUCAUGUCUCUCUCUCUCCCCUCCCUCUUCAUGUCUCUCUCCCUCCCUCUUCAUGUCUCUCUAA